AUGAAUCGGUCAAGUUUCAACGUUUCACGUUCAGCGGUAGCUGCUCAAGGAACAAUCAUCAUAAACCUGACGCUGUUUUUGAUCGCCAUCGUCAUAGGAUUUGCAGGAAACGCAAAAGUUUGUUAUUUUUUCGUUCAGCGUCAAGACCUACGAAAGGUUCCCCACUUUUUAUUCGCCAGUUUAGCAGUUAAUGGAAUCAUUUCAUCUGUCUUCAGUCUCCCUUUUCGCUUAGCAAUGCUCGCCUUUGCUAGACUAGACAGGAUAGAUUAUGCUAAACCCGCUUUUUGUAUCGCNAGGUCCAAUCAAGGAUAAAUUCUGAGGAUUAAAAUUCAAUAAACACCGUCCUUUAAAAAACGGCGUGAAACUGCAAUGAACUUAUUAAGGUAGAGUAUUCACUUAAGCAUAGGCGAGAGCUCAAGCAGAAAAAGCGUCAGGAAUACUUCAUAACUGAAGAGUGAAUCAAAUAAGAGAGUUCAAAUGAAUCGGUCAAGUUUCAACGUUUCACGUUCAGCGGUAGCUGUUCAAGGAACAAUCAUCAUAAACCUGACGCUGUUUUUGAUCGCCAUCGUCAUAGGAUUUGCAGGAAACGCAAAAGUUUGUUAUUUUUUCGUUCAGCGUCAAGACCUACGAAAGGUUCCCCACUUUUUAUUCGCCAGUUUAGCAGUUAAUGGAAUCAUUUCAUCUGUCUUCAGUCUCCCUUUUCGCUUAGCAAUGCUCGCCUUUGCUAGACUAGACAGGAUAGAUUAUGCUAAACCCGCUUUUUGUAUCGCGGUACCGAGUAGCUUUCUUUGCGCAGUUGUCAAUUGUGUGACCUUAUCUCUAAUGGCAAUUGAUCGACAAGAUUGUGUCCUGCGUCCGUUUAACCGACGCAUGAAGCCAAGCAAUGUGAAAUUUAUCAUAACUGGAAAAUGGAUAGGCGCUCUAUUUUUAACUUCAGUUUUAUUUUUUAUUGUUUUGUCUACAUUUAGCCUCGGAACUUUUUUUUCCAAGUUGUCAGAGCUGACGCACAACGCCAUUUUUAUCUAUUAUAUCAUGGGCAACGUUUUAAAUGCGGUUACCUUAAUUAUUGUUAUUGUAACCGCUAUUCGCGUUAUCAGAACGAUUCGCUCGUCUACUUUGCCUAAUGCAGCGACCCUUCACAGGCGUCAAGAAAACAAACUGACAUGGCUGACUUAUAAGAUCAGUGGUGUGUGUGUCGCUUGUUGGAUGCCACAGUUUAUUUGCUCUGGUUUAUUAGCGUCAGGUGUUCAUAGGGACAUUAUUUUAAAAAACGCAUUGGCGAUAACAUCAACCGUUGGAUAUUACAACUAUGUUUUGAAUCCUCUAAUUUAUUAUGGUAUACUGAAAGAGAGGCCGGCAAGAGCGGUCGCGAACCGGAGGGGCCGCCUUCCUCGGUGA